GAUUUUAUGCUGCAUUUGUUAUAAAGAGGAUAUCUUGCUUAAAGAGGAUGUGAUAAAUUAGGGAGAAUGAAAGUCCAUCUAAAGAUUCUCUCUGUUUUUGUAGUUUUGACCGGUGUGUUGAUGAAGUCUGGAAAUGUUUAUGAGGGAACAGUGGGUGAACCGGUGGAGAUCAGAUGUCCAUAUCUAGAUGACUAUAAAUAUACACCCAAGUACUUUUGCCGUCAUCCUUGUAAAUCUGAUCAUGUUUUGAUUAAAAGUGCAAAGUCUGAUCAGGUCAGCUCAAAUGGAAGAUACUCUUUGAUUGAUAUUGUGAGUGGACUGUUCUUUACUGUAACCAUCAAACAUCUUAGACUCACAGACUCUGGUGUUUAUUACUGUGGAAUUGAUAAAUGGUUCAGUGAUACACUGAAUAAAGUUCAUCUGUUUGUCCGUCCAGCAGCUCCUGUGAGCAGAUCUACACACACCCCUGAAAACACACAAAAAACAUAUAUAUGGACAACAACACUCACCUCUACAGGUACAUCCAUCUCUCUUUCAGAUGAAUCUGAUUCAUAUGCGCAGUUCUCGCCAACAUCACCAACAGUCCAGUCAAAGGAAUCUACACCACUGGAUAACAACUCUGUCAGCAUACCUGUGGUUUGUGCAGGUGUUCUGGUGCUGCUGGUGUUCGGGGUUCUUGUGGCGUUAGCGUCUCUCUGCAGGAAAAGAUCAGAUUUAAAGUCCAGAUGUCUGAAACCACCUGUCCCUGAAAAUCCAGUUCAAGAUUCACCAGAUCUCAACUGGGUCUCUCAGACUGUACAUGCAGAUGAUGUUCAUCACCUCUAUGAUGAAAUUGUGACUGAGUACAGCCUGGCUGGCCCAGCUAGAGAUGGCAAUUCUUCUAUAAUAUGUUCCACCGUGCAGCAUUGUGAUCCUGCACCUCAGAAUGAUAUGAACACUUUGUAUUCACUUAUCACACACCACUGAGGAUAAAUGACUGUCAGUGUCAUUCUCUCCUCAAAAAUGUCACUCUUAAAACCCUGUUGACAUGAAAUGGUGCAUGUGGUCAGCAUGCUAAAAAAAAAAACUGCAAACAUCCUGUUGUUAACG